CGAAAGUUUCAAACCUUCCAUUUUCUGCUCUUUUUCCCGCUCUCUGUCCUCGAGAAUGUCUGAUAAUCCAUUGCAGGCUCUCAUCCAAACCUUUGAGAAAGUCUCCAACUCCAUUCAAACCCAUUUCUCCAAUCUGAUAGGUCAGCCUCACAACCCAUCGCCCGCAAGUAAAAAGCCCCUCUUGUCUUUCUCUUCCUCAUCCAAAGUAAACCCAUCAAGCAUCGACGUGGCUUCCCGUCUCCAACCCGAAGACAUUAUCAACAAGGGAAAUUCUGCUGCACCUGUGACUAAAGAAGAGCUUGGAAGGGCCACUUGGACUUUUCUUCACACCCUUGCUGCUCAGUAUCCAGACAAUCCGACAAGACAACAGAAGAAGGAUGUUAAAGAAUUGAUGGCAAUAUUAUCUCGAAUGUACCCUUGCAAGGAAUGCGCAGAUCACUUUAAAGAAAUUUUGAGAGCAAAUCCUGUACAGGCUGGAUCUCAUUCUGAGUUCUCUCAAUGGCUAUGUCAUGCACAUAAUGUUGUUAACAGAAGCCUCGGCAAACUGGCAUUCCAGUGUGAGCGAGUUGAUGCAAGGUGGGGCAAGCUGGAGUGUGAGCAGCGGGCAUGUGAUCUACUAGGAGAUACAACAGAAUUUGGGGAAGGAACAUAUAGAAAGUUGUAGGUAUUGGAUGAUUAGAAUGCAAAUCUUUUUUCAAAUGGAAGUUUACCAGUGGUAAUCGUUUUUGUUAUUGUCGGUGAUAUAGUCCACCUUGGCUAGGGGGAAAAAAGAGAGAUUCAAUCGACAUGUAACUAUUGUGUUGUGAACCGAUACAGCUUUCAGGGAAGCAAAUCCAUAUAUUUGGGUGCUACCUUUUGUUUA